GUUGCGGCGCCAUUGCGCGAGAUUGCACGCCGUGCACGCGUCGCCAUCUCGGAGCGCGACGAAGAUCGCAUGAUUUAUGGCGCACCGCUUUUGUAAUUCGCGCAUAUCGAAGUGACUCAGGCCUCCGCGCGCGGGACCGCGUUCUAAACUGUUUCUGAUUGCGUCUUGCACAGUGAGCACAGUCUUGCAUCUUGCACCUUGCAGCUACUACUUUUACGGUGCUCGAACGAUCAGUCAGGCCUCGAAUACUUGAAGUGCAGCUCUAUACUUGCGAUAUAAACGAUCUGACAAUGUUAUAGAGCAGUGUCGAAAGCAUUGUCAGUUAAUUAGUUUCGUCGUCAUCGUUAUAGUCAUUGUCGCGGGGAGGAUUCUUGUUACAAGGUUAACUUCCUCCGCUUGUAAACACGGAAUCAUCGAAGGAACAAUGUCUGACGAACAAUUCUCCUUGGUGUGGAACAGCUUCCCCACAAACUUGUCUUCGGGUUUGUACACUUUGCUGACAGACGAGCACCUUGUGGACGUCACGUUGGCCGCCGAAGGUCAGAUCCUGCGAGCCCACAAGCUGAUAUUGUCGGUCUGCAGCACGUAUUUCCGAGAGCUUUUCAAGGGAAACUCAUGCAAGCAUCCUAUUGUCAUCCUGAAAGAUGUCAAUUAUCGAGAUUUGUCAGCUAUGCUGCAUUUCAUGUAUCAAGGGGAGGUCAAUAUCAAGCAGGAGGAUAUUGCUGGUUUUUUGAAAGUUGCAGAGGCUCUACAAAUAAAAGGACUGACUACAGAAGCAGAUGAGAGAUUCAGAGAAAGUCUUGGGAAGAAUGACGAGGACUUUGAGGAUCGUGAUUUCUAUGAGAUGGAGAGGGACAAAUGCGAUCCUAGCGGUACGGAUGAAAACGUUUCCACAUUCGGCAGGCUGACGCAUAUCGUGAAAGAACAGUCGACAACGAGGCAGAGCACUUCGACAGACGAUAUCUCGACGAGAGAAAGACCAUUUACCGUACAAACAUCAACUGUCACUGACACUUGCCACUGGCAAAGUUGCACUGAAGCCGACUACAAUGCUCCGGACGCACGGACGGCAUUCAGCGAGAGGAGCAGAAGUACGGAUGCGCCGUGCGAAGAACAGCCGUUGGAUUGCACGUCCGACGUGAGUCAGCCACAGUCAACCAAGCACGAACCGCUGGAUUACACGAUGGACACGGACACGGAUUCGGGAUACAGAUACACGGCGGAAAAAAUACUCUAUACCGGCAACGAGAACGUGCCGAAACAAGAUAUCACGCCAGAUACGCAGUUAGUUCCCUACAAUCAGAAUUCACAAACUCAGCCGUUCGGUCUGAGCGACACGGCGACUUAUCCGAGUGAUUUCACGUAUGAGACGGCGAAUUCCAGCAAUAAGGGACGACGUACCGUCAAGGGUAUCCCCGGCAGCAGCUUACCGUUGGAGACAACGUUACGUGUCGUUUCAGAGCUGGGACCGACGUUGCGCAUGGAGCAUGGCAAGGUAAUACGUAUGUACGCGUGCCCGUGGUGCUUGCGUCAGUUCACGCGCAAGGAGAACCUCAAGCUCCACGUCCGUUAUAUUCACGGCCCGCUUGAAAGUCUCACGUGUAAGCUUUGUGGUAAUAAAUAUAAGAACAGUAACAGUCUGCGUGUACACUCCUACCUCUAUCACAACGCCAAACGGGAUAAGGGCAGCAAAUCGCUGGCAGCCGGCGACGACGGUGUCAGCGUCGACGGCGAUGGUGGUACCGGCGACAGCGGCGGUGACGGCAUGUGAAAGGACAGUUCUCUCGGGAAGGUCUCCCUUCAACAUGCCCGCCGAGAAAGGGCAACGAAGAUUAACGAAUGCUAACGAGGCGGAGAGCGACGAGCUGCGACUGAAAUUUAUUAUAUUUAUACUUGCGCACCAUGCUACAACUCGCACAAUCUAGACAUAAGAAGUACUAUUUCUAUACGAUGCUAAAUGAGCGUGAGGUUUUUAGAAAUAAAGCGCCUUAUUGUACA